UUCCAAAGAUGGAGAAGGUUGAACAUUUUAGCCAUAUACACCCAUUGAUCUGCACGGAAGUGCGCGAGGUCAACUUGUAUAUUCACUGCUACAUGUGCAGAAAGUCGAUCUCAGAUGUUGUGUACUGGUGUGACAAAUGUGAUUGCUAUUUACAUAAAAGGUGUGCAGAACUUCCUACAAAAAUCGAAGACCCCUUACACCGCCAGCAUCUUCUAACUAUGCGUGGAGAUUUUCAAGAAAAUGUCUGUACUUCUCUCUCUUUCAUGUUUGGUUCUCGUUUGUAUCCUGUUAAUGAGGAUUACAGAUGUAGUCUCUGUAGAGAAUCUCGGGGAGGAAAUCAUGAUUGUUUCUUCUAUAAUUGUGUCGAUUGUGAGUAUUAUAUUUGCCUCCCAUGUUACUUGGAGCAACGUGUAAUUAUGUCCGAAUUUCAUGAGCACCCAUUAACCUUCCUAUUUAGGCCAGCUUCGUUUUAUUGUAAUGCUUGUGAUAAGGAAAAUAAUGACUCAUCAUCCUACAUAUGUCACACCUGUAACAUUUGGAUCCACAAAAGUUGUGCUUCAUUUCUUAGUACCAUCCAAUUUGAUGAUCAACAUCACCCUCUCACUCUUGUCAAACUACCUUCAUCUGACUUAUCCAAGUCAACAUACAUUUGCAAGAUAUGUGGUACUAAAAUCUACCCAAGGAAAGAGAAUUGGCUAUAUUAUUGUGCUCUCUGCGAAUAUAGUAUCCAUGUGAGAUGCUCAAUUUCAAGGUCAAAGCUGUUGAGAGAUGGUGAAAGUGAGAAUAAAAACAAUGAACAUCUCUACCAUCAUCUGGUACACUUUCCAUUGACUGAUGAUUUCGUGGUUCUCGCUAGACAUCCAGCUGCACAGAUUAGUCAUGAGGAGAUUAACAGAGAAACAAAUAUCAAACAUUGGAGCCAUGAUCAUCAGCUAAUACUUUAUGAUGGGCAAAAUAACACUGUGACAAAGCAUGAGAUGAAGCACGACAUAAUAUCAUGCAACGGCUGCGUGCAAAGGAUCGCGCUUCCAUUUUACAGUUGUGAUCGAUGCAACUACUUUCUCCAUAUAAGUUGUGUCAACUUACCAGCUGAGUUAGAACGCCCAAAUCACAGUGCCCACCUAUUUUGGCGCUCUCGUGGAACAAAACCUCAUUCUCUCUUCAAAUGCAGAUCUUGUAGUUUAUAUGGCAAUGGAUUCUUCUACGCCGUUGUUGACACCGGUUACUUGGCCUUUUUCAUCCGCGGCGAGGCCCUACCCACGCUUCAUCUCAAAUGUACUUUCCUACCUAAUACUAUUCUGCAUGAAGCCCACGAGCAUCCUUUGGUUCAAAUCAGCCAUUUACGUAUUGAGUGCAGGGCAUGUCACGUCACGUGCCAUGGGAUAGGAUACAGAUGUAAUAAGAAGUGCAAUUUCGGUAUAUGCUUCCAUUGUGCUCUUUUACCACGUACCCUAAGACACAGAUGGGAUGCACAUCCUCUCAUUCUAAGUUAUGCCCCUAUCAAAGACCAUCCUGAUGAAUACUAUUGCGAAAUUUGUGAGAUAGAAAUAAAGUCAGGGUGUUGGAUCUAUCAUUGUCGUGAUUGUGACCAAUCUUUUCAUCCUGAAUGCGUUCAGGAUAAAUAUUCAAACGUCAAAUUUGGAGGCACCCACAAAGUGGAAGAUCACCCACAUCCACUCACCUUUACUCGAAGGGUGAAGAAGGUUACAAAUUAUAAUUGUGGUCACCCGUUUGAUGAUGAAAAGCCACUUUACGAAUGUGCAGAGUGUCAUUUUACGAUUUGUUUGGAUUGUAUUCAUUGAUUCUUUAUGUUUUGCAUUUGGUAAAAAAUUAUUACACGAGUUGUGAUGAAUUCUUAAGUGGAGGGGGUGAUAUCAUGUGUAAGGGAUUGCAGUACCAUUUAACUUCUAAUAUUUU